ACUCCGCGGGGGGGGAGGGGGGCCGGGGUUAGCGCCCGCCCGCGCCACUUCCGACGCAGCCCUCGGUUCAGGUUCCGGGGCGCCGCGGAGCUCCCGGCCUGUGGGUCGCGCUCUGCGCGACGCGGUGGCCGGGAUGCAGGAGGCCGGAGCGCCGGUGGCCACGGCCGGGGAGGCCGAGCUGAACUUGUCCCGCCUCAGCGUUUCUCCCGAGACGCUGGAGUCGGAGUUGGAGGCGCGGGGCGAGGAGCGGCGCGGAACGCGGGAGGCGCUGCUACGGCUGCUGCUGCCGCACAACCGUCUGGUGUCGCUGCCGCGGGCGCUGGGCAGCGGCUUCCCGCACCUCCAACUGUUGGACGUGAGCGGCAACGCGUUGACCGCGCUGGGGCCGGAGCUGCUAGCGCUGAGCGGCCUGCGCACGCUGCUGGCCAAGAAUAACCGUCUCGGCGGGCCCGGCGCGCUGCCCAAGGGCCUGGCCCAGUCGCCGCUCUGCCGCAGCCUCCAGGUGCUCAACCUCAGCGGGAACUGUUUCCAGGAGGUGCCCACCUCGGUGCUGGAGCUGCGUGCGCUGCAGACCCUCAGCCUUGGCGGCAACCAGCUUCAGAGCAUCCCGGCUGAGAUCGAAAAUUUGAGGAGUUUAGAGUGUUUAUAUCUUGGAGGAAACUUCAUCAAAGAAAUUCCACCAGAAUUAGGAAAUCUGCCUUCUCUAAAUUACUUGGUAUUGUGUGACAACAAAAUCCAGAGUGUGCCUCCUCAUCUUUCACAGUUGCAUUCACUUCGUUCCCUCAGUCUUCACAAUAACUUGCUGACAUACCUGCCUCGAGAGAUCCUCAACCUUAUUCAUUUGGAAGAAUUGAGUUUACGUGGAAAUCCACUGGUUGUUCGUUUUGUGAGAGAUUUAACCUAUGACCCUCCAACUCUCCUGGAGUUAGCUGCACGGACCAUUAAAAUUCGAAAUAUUUCGUACACUCCCUAUGAUCUUCCUGGGAAUCUUCUUAGAUACUUGAGUUUAGCCAGCAAUUGCCCAAACCCAAAGUGUGGAGGAUUCAUGCACAAAGAAAAUACCCAGAGAGUCUCAUCCUGUCUUGGACUGUCAUAGGAUAAGGAGUCUACUUUGAUUGCUGCGUCAGACAAAUUAAAUUUGUGGACUUCUGUGGGAAGUACCGCCUCCCCCUAAUGCACUACUUGUGUUCACCAGAGUGCUCGUCCCCUUGCAGUUCUGCCUCUCACAGCUCCACAUCCCAGAGUGAAUCUGAUUCGGAAGAUGAAGCUAGUGUUGCUGCACACAGAAUGCAGAAAGUUCUUCUUGGUUGAAAAGGGUGCAGGGUGGGGCGAAACACUAAAUACUGAACAGAGGUGGUCAGAAAAGAGAAUAGACUCUGAAGUUCACUAGAAACCUUAUCUUCAUUUUGAAUGUCCACUGCACAGUUGAAGAUGGUAUAAAAGAUUUUGUGUUUCUAGCCAUUCAGCGGGAAUGAAUCCAGUUCCAUGUUUGAAUUCUUUGGUUAUAAUUCACUCUGAAUGGUAGUUUCAAAUUUGGCUGGUUGCAGUUUUCACUCAAGUUUUGCAUGAGUCACACCACGGAAUGGAAUAAACCGUGAGCGGUGUAACUUGUAACUGUUGAGAAGAAGAAAGAAAUGAUCAAACCUGUAAUUUUUACCAGAGUUGUCUUUGAAUUUAGAUUGAACGCUAAACAGGAUUAGCCCUCUUUUCCUGUACUGCCCAUAGGUCUAGAUUUCAGAGUUCAGAUAAGUUCACAGGUGGUUAUAUAGGACCAAAACCUUUCUCACCUACUGACUGGUAAAGUAAGGGAUAUAAUUUUACAUGGGAUUUUAACUCUUCAGUUCUGCUCCUUUGUUCUAGAUGAUUAUUGUUAUCCUUAUAUAAUCCAGCAAUGACUGUAAUAGUGCCUUAAUCAUAACAAGGAUUUAGAAAUUUAUUCAAGAAAUGAUACCAGAGCAGCCUAUAACCUGACAUACUAUGCAGAAUACUUUGAAAUAUGCUUUAGCAGAACUAGGUAAACAGUUGUAUACCUGACGUCUGAGCUUAUGGCCACCUUAACUUCACUUUUUGUUUAAUUUUCUAUAAACAAAUCACUUGUAUACUUAAUGGGGAGGCCACAGUCUUGAUCACCCUGUUCAUCAUAAGACAGAAUAAUAGUUUUUGAUGGAAAAAUCUGUCAGAUUUCUUUUAACAGAAAAGAGAUAUAAGAUAGGAAAGCUACCUUAUAAUUUGCAUUAAAGGAAUGGGAAAAUGGUUUUAAACUUUUAGUGUUAGUGUUGAGUAUAACUCCUUUGCUUGUAUGUACUGAACUAUAACUUCCUCUACAUCUUAAAGAAAAACUAGAGAAAGAUUACAGCAAGCAAAAUUAAACUGGGUGUAACAGUCGUGUUUUUACACAGUAAAACAGUUUCCAAAAUAAGUUUAACCAUGGAGUGCUUUUUGAAAAUAAUAUAUUGAUAAAAUACUUAAAAUGUAUUAAAUUUACCCUUAAAGUAUAAGAGGAAAAUGGUUUCACAAGUUGCUGGUAGAAAUGACCAAAUUUUUAUUAACUAAUUUAGUAUACAAUAAAAGUCGAGUAAUAGUACAACUAUAAGUGAUAUUAUAAAAUAAAAUACAUAGCACACAUUAGCAGUCAUUAGAUGAUUAAUAUGCAAUAACAUAAUGGUUUGUUGGUAAAUAUUACCCAUGUCAAAAACACAUUGGGGAGUUCCUGUGGUGGCUCAGCAGGUUAAGAACCCGACUAGGAUCCAUGAGGAUGUGGGUUCAAUUCCUGGCCUAGCUCAGUGGGUUAAGGAUCCAGGGUUGUCACAAGCUGUGGUGUACAUUGCAAAUGUGGCUCAGAUCCAGCAUUGCUGUGGCUGUGGUGUAGGCAGACAGCUGCAGCUCCAUCUCCUGGCCUGGAACUUCCAUCUUCCAUAGGUGCGGCCCUAAAAAGAAGACACACACACACAUUGGAACAUCAGAUGAUCUCCUUUCUAACUUCUGGCAUUCAUGUCUGGGGCACCAUUUCUUAAAAGCAGAUUGUUAUAUAAUAAUGAUAUGUACAUAGGUUAGGUUUUUGUCAUAUGUAUAUAUAUAUUUUAUUUUAGUAGAAAAUAUAUUGUAGGAUAGUUUGUUUGUUAUAUGUUAUUAAUUCAUGAAACAUCCUGAGAGUUUCAUGACUGCAGUUGUGAAACGCUGCUAUAAAGUGAAUCCCUUCACCUUGUUAUAAUGUAGUAAGAUUCUUUUUUCCUUUUGACUUAAAGAAAUUUUCUGACUAUGACUAUAGAAGUAAUCUAGUAUCUUUCUACUGCCUAGCAAAGAAGUAUGUGGGUGAUUAUGUCAUAAAAUGGAAGAAAUAGAAGGUCUUUAUUUAUUUCUCCAUUUGAGCCAUGGCAAGCUGCAUUCUACAAAAUUAUGAAAGGUGACUUAGGCAGUGCCUAAGUGGCAAACCCAAAAUGUCUUGUGAGUAACUUAUUAAGACACGUGAAAUAUUUUCAUACAAAAUAAAGUAUUCAUAGUAAAAUAUGCAAAUUAAUAGGACCAAAUUUUUCUGGCUUACAUGCCUCAAUUUACUUCCUAAUUCAUUACCAGUUUGACCUAAGUAACAGCUUAGGUAAUCUAAGAAUUAAUCUUUGUGAAUUAAACAAGUAGGUAUGUAAAUACAGUACUUAACCUUGCCAGCUUCCUAGAAAGUAUACUGAUUGACCUUUUCCAGAUGUAAAUAGGUGCAACCUAGAAACAGAUUCUGGUCUUUAAUGUGUAAUGUGGAUUUAUCCCACAGUAUACAGCAAAAUGUCUUUCAGCUAAAUGUUUGUUAUGCUUCUCUAUAUGUACAUCUGAAAAUCUCUGAUUAGUGUGUAACUCUUUGGUGACUUGUACUGAAAUCCACAUUUUAGUUAUUAUCUUUUUUUUUUUUUUAACCUCUGACCUCACCUUUUACAAGAGCUGCUAAUAAUUUCUAGUAAGGCUUUUCCUUGUUUCUUUUCUCUACCUUCUCUGUUUCGAUUACUGAUGACUAUAGAAAUUAACCAGAAAUUGAGCUCCAAAGGACUUGAUAAUCUAGAAACUAGAUAAUCAGUUCCAGAGUCAUAUAGCUGACUAUGUAUUUAAAAUGAUAGUUUCUCUAGUUGCUAAGUUAUUUGUUUGUAAGUUUUUGAUACUGCUCCACUUGGACAAUUUUAGUAACCAAAACUUCUCUGGAUAAAACUACUUUACCAAAGCAUUAAUGUGUUUAGAAUGGAAUUCCUCAGUGCUGAUAUUUGUACUUGAAAUGGGUACAUGGAACAUUUUUGGUAAUCUUUAUUCCUAGAAUCUAAUUCUCUCAGUGUUACCAAAUUGUCGGUGAAAUAGCGCUAGGAUUUUAGGAAAUGGAAAGAUAAGCUAAUGAGUAUUUUGCUUCGGUGGUGCCAGGGAUUGGCUGACCUAAGGAGCAGCAUCCAGGUUCUCAGUAUGCCCUGUAUUUGUGUAGUGAACUAGAUCUGAGGAUUCCUCUUCAGGUUUUACUUCUAAAUGUAUGCUGAAAGAGUCUCUUGCUCUAAAAUUCUUGAUAUUUGGAACUUCAGUUAACAAAUUUGAAAAGUAAAGAUUUGCAUUAUAAAUUGUACCUCAGAUUUGAGAAAUUUUUCUGUUAAUUCAAAGUUAAAAGCAGUCCACACUAGUGCAGUAUAAUACUGCUGACUAGUUCUACCAAACAUUGUAAUACCAAUUUUAAACAAAAGAAGUCAAGGAAAAAGCUGAUUGCUAGAGUAGUAAAUGUAAGAAAUCUUUAAAAACAGCAAAGGGCAAGGAAAGAGAAGUCACCAGACACCCAGGGGGAAUCCCUGAGCCAAAAAAGUUUUUUAAUGUAAUACUGAAUUGUAUUGAAACUAAGUGGCCCACUGUCUACCAUCUGAAAGCUUUUAUCACUAAAUUUAUUGUUUCUGCUAUUGGGAGAUUAUCCACAUCCCUUCAUAAUUAAGGGCCAACAAAUAAUAGGAUUUUCUUAGAGCCAACAUUGCUCUUUCCAAAGGGAGAAAGUAAUACCUCAUUAACCUGGAAUUUGUGGUACACCCUUGGUUAAUGUUUACCUUUUCACUAUGUAAAAAAGAAAAAAUAUUAAGCAAAUAAUUAGUGCAAAUAAAGUUUGAUCUUGUAAAGCCUUUUAGCAGUAGCUGUUUAUAUAAAAAGUUGUUCUAAAUAAGACCCUUUGUAGUCAGAACUUAUCAGUUACAGUACAUGUAUAUAAAAUUAGUUAAGCUGCACUUAUUUAGAAAAACCUAAUUUUUACCUAAAUGACUCCCUUCUCAUCCCAAGUAGAGAUUUUAUUACAUCAGUGUAAAUAUCACUCCUCAUUUAGUCCAAAAUAUCAGCUUUGAAUUUGUGCUGAGCAUUUAACAAUAGUAAAAAAGCUGCUGUGUAGGUUUUAGAAAACAUAAUCUAUAAUCCGUAGUUCUGAUUCCCUCUGUGUAGAAAAGACGUAUUUAACCUUCACUGUUCCCGUAUUAAGCACGAUACUGUAUAGCAUUAAUCAGAUGAAUUUACUGGGAUCUAAUGUUGUAUUUUUAUUAUAGUCAUGAUCUUUUUAAAGGUAUCAGUGCCUUCAGUUGUGCUUAGAAAGUAUGUGCCUUAAAUCUUCCUCUCUAGACCCAGUGUUUUUCAUUUAAUAAGUUGUGUAUGACAGCCUAGUGACUCUUUGCAUUUGAUUUGAGGGAAAUGACUGUGAUCCUGAAGGAUUCCUUCCCCUAGAACUAGGCUAAUGUCUAUGAAGUCUAGGGCUUCUGGAGAGGGAAUCCCAAUCAUGUGUACUGACUGUCUAGAAAGUUAAAGUCAUAAGGGUUAGGGCCCUGAAAUAAAUCAAUGAAAAAGUAUAUUCUAGUUCAUAUUAUUUUACAAAGAAAAUGUAUUUGCUGCCACUAAGGGAUGACAGCAGUUCCUAACUAAUUCAUAUUAAUAACAUGUAAAGAUAUUAUUGCCAUGAGGCAUAUCAUAUUUUGUAAAUACUGUCUUUGUAAUACCAGGUUAAAGGGGGAGUAUUUUUUAAUAUUUUUGCAUGUAAAUAUCUCCAUUCUUUUUCCGUUCCAACUUGGUUCAUAUUUGCUAAAAACUGACAUAGAAAAUAACAGUUCACGAGCAACAAACAUACAUUAUUGAAUACUCACAGGGUAGUAUGGAUUUGGGUGCUACUGGACCUUUACCUAGCACUUGUCAGUCUCAGUUUAUCAUAAGGAACAGUAUUUAAUCUGAUAAAUAUUAAAUUUUGUUAGUAUAAUGAAGGUUAUUUACCAUUAUACUAGAAAGCCAUGGUUGGAGAGACUAUCUUCAUUCACCAGAAGUGACUUUCUUCCUUUGGCUAUGAAUAAAUUGGAUAAAACUAUUUUAUUCUAAAUUCCAGUUAGGGGAAGAAACUGGGAUAAGAAUGACAACACUAUUGCUGGUACUAUAAAAAAUUACCAAGUUGCUUAAUUUUUCUGUCUACAACUGAUGUUUUAAAAGAAUCCUUUCACUAACUUAAGUGGUUGCCAUUGAAGUGUUAUUAAGAAGGAAUAUUAACCUCAGCAAUCACUUUACAACAAUCAUGGAGAGACCUGUGUGCCUGCAGUUGGUGUUUGUUGCAUUUCUGAGCCCACUUUGUGUUCAUCAGAAACAAAAGUAUAAUGGGAGAAAUAUUUUAAAUAACCAGUAUUUUAACUUUUCAUAAAGUUGGGACUUUAAAGUAUCAACAAAGGAUAUUGAAAUAUAUGUAUUUUUACUUUAGUCAAAACUACUUUUUAUCUGAUUUUUUAAUUUUCUGUAUUUGGAAUCUUGUGAAUUAGAAAUAUCUAUAUCUACAGGUAUAUGGAUAUUUAAGACAAUUGUAACAAUAAAUGUAAUUCAGCAAUGUGAUUCAAUUACAUUUUAUUUUCAGGAUAAGAUAUGGUUUAUUGUGUCAAAUUUAUAUAUUACCUUAUAUUGGUAAAUGCUCUAAAAAGAAUAUUUAAGCUUCUUCAAUUCUAUACCUCCUCUUUUCCCCAAGGACACACAAAAGAAUGUGAUCUAAUAUUAACCCUCUAUGUGAAUUUUGCCUUAUCAACAUUGUGCCUUACUUUAUUAAAAGUGUUUUGUUCAAAUCUAAAUCUGUAUUCUGGAAAAGUAAAAAUAAUUUGGUUUUAAUUGACAAAAUUUACUUAAAAAAUCCAAAAUCCU